GAAAUAAAUCUCUAUUUUGCAUCCGCCGCUCGCGUGUCUUUUACUUUGGUGAGCGUUUCCUACCGGAAACACGUCACGCCCCGAAUGAGCAGCAGGACCCCGAGAAGCAGCAAUGGUGGAUUGUGUUUUUCUCCAUGGUAAUGUAACUGCAGAGAGCUUUGAUAGCGAGAUGAGCUCCGCGGGGAUGUUCCAGACGCAGAUCUCCGCGAUCAUGAAGGCGGCCGCGGUGGAGAUCAGUCAGUUGCUGGAGGAAGAGGCUGCAGCUCUUCAUCAGGAGAUCCGGAGGAGGAACCAGGAGAUCCAGGGACUGAAGACUGAACUACUGAGAGUCACUGCAGAGAGAUGCUCUGUCGGCGUACAGGUGGAGCUCAUGGACACGAGUGUAACCGCUCAUUCGCGGGAAGCUCAGACUGAUCAUCGCAGCCAGGAAAAGAUCGUUGUGAAGAAUCUCUCAGAGGAGAAACCUCACUUUACACAUGCGGCGGAUGUGAAUGCACAACUUUUGAAACAAGAAGAGUCUGUACCGCCGCUGAAGGAACCGGAGGAAGAGGAGCUCAGCGGACUGGAGUUUGAGAUGAAGAUCGAACAGGUGGAAGAACUUGUGGAUCAGACACUGGGUCAAGUUCAGGAAAAGCAGAAGUGUAAAGGACAAAACCACUGCCAUGACGGAAACUCUCGUUUAUGGUGUUCCGGGAAAGUGUUUGACCAUCCGGAAAAUCUUGUGGACUCGGAACAACAUUCCCAGAGUUUUACAGAUCCAUAUGGGAUGGAGGAUCCGACGACCACGUCAACUCAGUCCGGUUUAUUGGCUGUUCUGCAGAACGAUAGCUUUGGUUUUGUAGACAUUGAGUAUGACUUGAAUCUUCAGGAUUCCCAUAGACACUCGCUCACAACGAGCUCAUCUGACUCGACGCAGUUCAACACACUCCCAUCCUCACAUUCAAGCUCGUGUUUGCCCAAAACGCUCCCACAGAGUCUGAAUCCCGGCAAGCACACAGAACCCAAACCCUUCCGAUGUGACGAGUGCGGGAAACACUUUCCACAGAGGACUCGGCUGUUAACACACAAACUAGUGCACUCGAAAGUAAAACCCUUCAGAUGUGAGGAGUGCGGGAAAGGCUUCACACAGAAGAAGCGGCUGUUAACACACGGACUAGUGCACACGGGCGAGAAACCCUUCUGCUGUCAGGUGUGCGGUAAAACCUUCUCCAGACAGGACAGCUGUCUCAGACACAUGCGCUUGCACAGCAGACAGAGAUGAUGAAUGGGGACACAACCACACAAAGUGAGAUUUCUUAGAACUGUAACUUUGUUGAUAUUAGCUUCUGUUGCAUAACGUCAUUAACGCCUUAUGGCGAUCAGGACGAGUGCUGUGAGAGAAUGGUGCGAGGCCAGUGGCUUGAUUGCUGAUGAGUAGGGUUGGGUAUCGAAACGCGGUGCCAAUAGGGAACCGGUUCCAAUGUAAACGGUAGUAACCAGACCGAAUAAGAACAAAAGUCUUUGUGUCAUGAGGCACACACACGCAAAGUUUCUCGCUCUCUCCUCUCCCUCUCUGCCAUGUGCGCACUAUACUCGGGAGAUUUUAACUAAUUCGGGAGAUUUUAACUAAUUCGGGAAAUUUUAACUAAUUCGGAGAUUUUAACUAAUUUACGGGCGUCAGGGAGCCGUUAUCAAUAUGGUCUCCCGGGACGUCUGCUGAUAGCGAGGGGAUUAUUGAAAAUGCCGAAGACAAAACGCUCCAAGGUUUGUCUGCAUUUCACGUGUAAAAUUACGCAUCAGAACGUCCUCUAGGUGUGCCGAUUGUCUGAAGCCCAUAUAGAUUCACGCCAAUCCAUUGGGUGAUGGCGCGGGCGCCGCCUUGACGCUCUACGUCGUCAUAUUAUAUUAGCACGCGCAUCAUCUGCUCCUCAGAUUUCUCUGCCGAAAAAGGAAGCUUGUCGGCAGCGCGAGGAGUUUUGGCAGCGAACACAGCAUCUCGUUCCCUAUAGAGAACAUGGGUUACACCAGUAACCAGAGACGUUCUCUUUCACAGGUUUACUCAAAGCUGUGUAGCUAAGUGGGAACGAAAUACCAAACUCGCGCCAGGCUAAGCGCUGCGUAACUAGUACGACCAGAUAACUUGCAUGACUGGUUCAAACAGACAAAACAUGGCAACCAGUAGCCAUGUCGAUAUUAUGUAAAUGUGAAUUUUUAAUUUUUUUUAUUGGUUUAUUUAUUAUUACCAUAUGUUACUUGUAUUUAUAUUGU